AAGGAAAUAGAAAACUGAAUAGGAAUCACUAAGAAACUGGAAGGAAAGAUCAAAGUCGAAGACUGACUGACCCAUAAUAAGAAGACUGUCAAGGAAUUCCUCUCUCCUAUUUCCCCGUUUCCAUCCCGUCUCAUCCUUUCUCUGUUUCUGCCUGAAUCAGUAAAGGAGAACAGUGAAGAAAACCAUGUUGGUGUCAGAAACAAGUUGACAGAAGGGAGCUGACAUGGGUAACUGUUGCGGAAGCCCAGUUGAUACCCAAAGCCAAAGCACCACCAGACCUUCAAGUCCAGGGACAUCAACAUGGACGUCGAGAAACGCCAGCAGCUUUUCCAACAGCAGCGGUAGCACCAACACCCAGUAUUCGACAAGCAAGAGCCUGGAUGAGAAGUUCCCCAACGGACACAUCUUACCAAGCCCGAACUUGAAAGUCUUCACUUUUGCAGAGCUCAAAGCAGCAACCAGAAACUUCAGAUCCGAUACAGUGCUGGGCGAGGGAGGUUUUGGAAGGGUUUUCAAGGGUUGGAUUGAUGAGAAGACGUUCGCUCCUUCCAAGAUUGGUAAUGGAAUGGUUGUUGCAGUCAAGAAAUUAAAUUCGGAGAGCUUGCAAGGAUACGAAGAAUGGCAGUCAGAAGUGACUUUCUUGGGAAGGCUUUCUCAUCCCAACCUGGUAAAGCUCCUCGGAUACUGCUAUGAGGAUAAUGAACUCUUGCUCGUUUACGAGUUCAUGCAAAAGGGAAACCUCGAAAACCACCUUUUCAGAAGAGGUUCAGCUGUACAGCCACUUCCAUGGAAUUUACGACUCAAAAUAGCAACUGGUGCAGCUAAAGGGCUAGCUUUCCUGCAUACAUCAGAAAAGCAAGUAAUCUAUAGAGAUUUCAAGGCCUCCAAUAUCUUAAUGGAUGCAAAUUUCAAUGCAAAAAUAUCAGAUUUUGGGUUGGCAAAAAAUGGUCCUGCAGCUGGAAAUUCACACGUGACAACACGUGUUAUGGGCACAUAUGGUUAUGCAGCUCCAGAAUACGUUGCCACAGGUCAUUUAUAUGUGAAGAGCGAUGUUUAUGGAUUUGGGGUCGUGUUGCUUGAGAUGCUGACAGGAUUACGCGCACUUGAUACAAACCGUCCAAGUGGCCAGCACAACCUUGUAGAGUGGUUAAAGCCAUCUCUACAUGAUAAAAGAAAGUUAAAAACCAUGAUUGAUUCUAGGCUGGAAGGCCAAUUUCCUAUGAAAGGUGCAGUACAGUUAGCUCAGCUAACUCUAAGUUGUCUCGGAUCAGAACCAAAGAGUCGCCCAUCAAUGAAGGAAGUUGUUGAGACUUUGGAACGGAUUGAAGCUAUCAAAGAUAAUAAACCAAAGGAAUCCAGAACCAACUCUGCACAACCUAGAGGCUACCGCCACGGCCAAUCCCCCUUGCACCAUCGCUCUCCUCUUCACCCGAGGCAAGAAGGUGGUAGAGUAGGAGAUCAUGCCUACCAACAACCACCCAGACGAGGGUAGUUUGGGUACAAGAUGGCUCCAGUGAAGUGAAUGACCAUGCACAGAAUGCACAUGAGGUGAUUGUUUCUUAUUAUUAAACGAUCCCCAUUUUUUGUUAAUGCUUUUACAAGUCUUUUGGAUGUGAUGAUUGAUGAAUUAGUGAUUCUGUCGAGUCCUUAGUAUUGCAAGGUGAAAUUAUGUAUGCUUUUAUAUAUAGAACUUGCAAGCGUUGUGUAAUGUGUAUCUUCUUUUUGUCUCUCUUUUUCUUUCGUUUUUUUUUUUUGAGGGGGUUUAGAACUGAUAUACAUAUCUAAUCUAAUUACAGCAGUGAAACUACUGAAGCUCUUUCUCUC